GAGUGGCCCUGAAAUUUGGACGGGCCUCCAUGGAGUCGCGCUGGCCAUGUCCAAACAUACACGCCAAUCACUUAUCAGCUGAAUCCCAAUUAACGAUUGUCUCCUGUCUGCACGGUUCCUCCACCUACAUGGCAAGAUGACAGUGAUCGUUGCUUACGCCUUCACAGAUGUCGCCAAUGAUACAGUGAAGGACACCUUCGACCAACUCCAUCAGGUCGUUAGCCAAGCCCCACCACAUGACAUUGUCAUCAACCUCACCGACGCCAAUGCAACCUUCUCUUCCUCCUCCAGAGAUGGACCAUCUCACCAAACCCCCACACAACCCAUUGGCACUACCUUUGUUGACAACACCACAAAUGAUAACGGCAAACGUCUGCUUCUCCUCUGCCAUUCAAAUAACCUCUGCAUCACCGACACCUGGUUCCCUCCAAGCAGAUCCAUCACUGGACCUGCUGCGACUUAAAAUACGAGCAGACCCAUCUACCAGGCCACAACCACGCUUAAUGUCUUCCAGACUCUGUGACCCCACCACUGCCUCUGCAUAUCGCCGCUCCAUCACCAAUGCCUUCACCGCCCUGGCCGAUGAUGACAUCGUGGACUGGGAGACUUCCAAACUAAAGGUCAACCAGUCUGCCCAGGAUGUAUUGGGAAGAUCAAGAUCUCUUCCCAAACAACCAUGGAUCUCACAGCUGACCCUCAACAUCAUUGACCGCCGCCGUGAUGCCCGCCUGCGCGGUGAUAUGACAGAGUACCUGAGGCUGAAUGCAGCACGAAAUGCAGCAAUUGCAACUGACAGGGAGAGGUGCUGGGGAGAAGAGGCUGAACGCCUGGAAUCAGCAGCAUAGAGCAAUGACCUCAGACAGGUCUUUCGAAUGCUGGGCCAAGCCCGUAUCAGACCACGCAUCAAGACCGUCCUCAUGAAGGAUGCCAGUGGAAAUCGCAUCACCACAGAAAUAGACUGCCUUGAACGCUGGAAAGAGCACUUCAGCAACCUCCUUCAUCAUACUCCAUUUCCUACCAACCCCCAUCUUGUUACUGCUGCCAACUCCACCACCCCCAAACCCAACUGCAAAACUGACCCAGUGACAAUCGAUGAGGUCAAAGCAGCA